AAGUUUUUACGGCUCAGUUCUCACCGAUAAGAGACACACGGACAAACAAACGCUGCACUCAGACAUAAAAUGUCUUCCCAGUCGGAGGAGGAUCUCUCCUGUCCGGUUUGUCACGAAGUCUUUAGAGAUCCUGUUGUUCUGUCAUGCAGCCACAGCUUCUGUAAAGACUGUCUGAAGGGCUGGUGGAGACAGAAACCGACCCGGGAGUGUCCCGUCUGUAAGAGGAGAUCUUCGAAGGAGGAGCCGCCGAUCAGUCUGGUGUUAAAGAACCUGUGCGAGAGUUUUUUGCAGAGGAGAGAUCGGAGAGCGUCGGAGGCUCUCUGCAGUCUGCACUCUGAGAAACUCAAACUCUUCUGUCUGGACCAUCAGCAGCCGGUCUGUCUCGUCUGCAGGGAUUCAGACAAACACACCAACCACAGAUUCAAACCCGUCGAUGAAGCUGCGCUACAGCACAAGAAGAGACUUCAGGAAACUCUGAAGCCCGUAAAGAAGAAGUUAAAGUCUUUGAAACGUGUUAGCGUGAAGUUUAAUGAAACAGCAGAACACAUUCAAGUCCAGGCCCGUCGCACAGAGACGCAGAUUAAGGAGCAGUUUAGGAAGCUCCACCAGUUUCUAGAAGAGGAGGAGGAGGCCAGGAUCUCCGCUCUGAGGGAGGAAGAGGAGCGCAAGAGUCAGACGAUGAAGGAGAAGCUGGAGGCUCUGAGCAGAGAGAUUGCAGCUCUUUCAGACACAGUCAGAGCCGCAGAGGACGAGCUGGAAGCUGAAGACGUCUCGUUCCUGCAGAACUACAAGGCUGCAGUGGACAGAGUCCAGCAGUGUCCCCUGCUGGAGAGUCCACAGCUGCUCUCAGGAGCUCUGAUAGACGAGGCCAAACACCUGGGCAACCUCACCUUCAACAUCUGGAACAAGAUGAAGGACAUGGUCUCCUUCACGCCUGUGAUUCUGGAUCCAAACACCGCUCAUCGAGAACUCUUCCUGUCUGACGAUCUGACCAGCGGGAGAGGAGAGGAGGCGCAGCGGCUGCCUGAUAAUCCAGAGAGGUUUGAUGAUUAUUACGUGGUCCUCGGCUCUGAGGGCUUUAACUCAGGGACUCACAGCUGGGACGUCGAGGUCGGAGACAAUACAUUCUGGUCACUGGGUGUGUUAGAAGAGUCGUUCCAGAGGAAGCCACACACACCGCCUGGAUUAUGGGAAAUGAGGUUGCAUAAAGGUAAAUACACAACACGGUCACUACCAGAUUCGCUCUCUCCUCUCCGAGUGCAGAAGAAGCUCCAGAGGAUCAGACUGACUGUGGACUGGGACAAAGGACGGCUGUCGUUCUCUGAUCCGGACACUAACACACACAUACACACCUUAAAACACACUUUCACCGAGAGGCUGUUUCCAUACAUCAGCACUGUGGACAAAGUCCCUCUGAAGAUAUUACCACUGAAGGUCUGUGUGACAAAGCAACAGGAAACGGUUUAAAAGAACAUGAACAGAAAAAAUAAAGGAGAAAAGAGUACAGCAGAAUAAUGAGGGAGAAAAUAAACUGACGUCAAAGUGUGGCGAUCAAGGCCGACUGUGGCGUUCAGUCAACAGCCAACUAGGACGUGCAUCCUGCAAGGCAGUCGCCAGUAUUCAUCACUCAAAAAACAAGACAAAACAAACUAAUGAGAGUUUAUAUAUAUAUAUAUAUAUAUAUAUAUAUAUAUAUAUAUACACUGACAGAGCUGAAUGCUAAUUAGCCAGUUUGCAUAUUAACAACACAACCUGAUGUUGAAAUAACUGACAUGAACUGUGAAAUACCAAACAAUAGCACAGCCAUCACAGACUGUUUCUGCAACAGAUCAAACAUAAUCUAACAAAGUCUUUUAGUUUAAUUUUUUACCCUGUUUUCCUUUAGUGUUUUUUUCUAUCUAAAGAUGUAUGAUAUUUUAUAAUAUAUUUCUAUUAAGGCUAAUUUCUAAAAAUGAAAUUUUGCUUAAACUCUGAGCCGAAAGUUUCUACCUCAGUAGCACCUACAUAGACCAGACUUUGCAGUUUUAUUUCAAAAGAUUUAUUACAGAUGUUUUUCAUAUGUUAUUCAUAGCCUGAUUUAUAAAACAUUUUAUUUCUAAAAACAUAGCAAUAAUGGAUUAUUUAUUGCUGCUUUUUAUUUUCUGAUACAUGGAUAAAUAAAAAGAGAGAUGUAAAAUCCUCUCUGUUAAAAAAUGUAUGCAAACUUGUACAUAUUUAAUCAGAUAAUGUAUUAUUUGUGUAUUUAGACAUAAUUUUUGAUAAAACUUGAAUACAAAAAAUGAUUGUGUUAAUGUAAGUAAUCGAAGGGGGAUGUUUUAUUGUGAUAUCUAGUUAAUUUUUUUUUACCAUAUAUAACUAUAACAAAUAGUUUUAAGAAGCCGCUGAAGAGGUUCUUGAAGAUUGGCCUGCAUUUUUUUCAGUUUCAAUUGUUGUUGUUGUUUUUUAAAUGUCUACAUUUCACAGGGAAAUCCCGGCAGAUCAUGUUAAAGUUAUGUGCAUUCAGCUUUCAAGACAGUUUCUCAGUUAAAUUGAACUAAACUGCAAAUAAUAACUACUGUACAUGUUUCUUAAAUCUGGUUUGUUGAACAGAGGAGUCGUGCUGUGAGCACACCUCUGCCAUGAGAACAUUUGUAUUUCAGCACAAAAAGAGGGAUUUCACUCAAAAGUUUAACGAAACAGGACAAAAGAAGAAACACAAUCUCUAAAAAAGGCCAUAACUUCACCAUAAAUGUGAAGCCUCAAGUUAUCUGUGAACACUGAAAUACACUUUUGCACACAAUGAGCAUUCACCAUCGCUUACAUAAAAGGGAGGUUUCUUUGAGGCAGAAGAAACAUUUCAAGAGACCUAUGGUGCUUUCAAUUUACAUGUGGGAAUGUGAGUAUUGUUUGACAAACUAAUAAAA